CUCUUUUAGUUUGAAUUUUAAUAACAGCACAGCUACUGUAUAAUGUUAAUGUACCUUUCACACAGUCCGGACACCAGCUCUUGCCCUGGCCAUCUUUAUUUCCAGAGAAUGUGUCUCUUAGGGAUGCAGAGCGUAUGAGCACAUCAUGAACACGUCUCCAGCACAGGAGCAGGAAUGGCUUGGCAGAAUCGAUUACGGUUUCUCUUUGAAUAUACAACAGUCAAAUAUGUGGGCAUGCAGAAUAUGAAAAUCGGACUUCUGUACAGAAUAUUUCAGCUCACUAUCAUGGGAUAUCUCAUUGGAUGGGUAUUUUUGAAAAACAAGGGAUACCAGGUAAAAGAUGAUACUAUUGAGAGUUCUGUGCUUACUAAAGUUAAAGGAGUUGCACGUGUCAACUCAACAGAUUCAGAUUUGUGGGGACCAGAGGACUAUGUUUUCCCCAACCAGGGUGAGAACUUUCUUUCUAUAGCAACCAAUUUCAUCGAGACACCAAACCAAACAUUAGGCAACUGUUCAGAGAACCCAGAAGUACCGAAUAACAAAUGCUCUAAGGAUGAAGAAUGCACAGUGGGAGAGGCUGUUAGGGCUGGAAACGGAAUUAAAACGGGCAUUUGUUUGGAAACACACAAUGGCACUUGUGAAAUAUAUGGCUGGUGUCCCACAGAACAACGCAGAGAUCCAGACCCAGCCAACGUUGUGAGAGAAGCUGAAAACUUCACUUUGUACAUAAGAAACUUCAUCAGAUUUUCCCAGUUCAACUUCUCAACAUCAAAUGUUCCAAAGGUAAACAGAAAAUUGCUUUUAAAAAACUGCUUGUAUGAUGAAACUGUUCACCCGUACUGUCCUAUAUUUCGGCUGGGAGAUAUUGUGAACCAAACUGGACAUAAGUUUGAAGAAAUGGCUCUAAGGGGUGGUUCAAUUGGGGUUCUGAUUGAGUGGCGCUGUGACCUUGAUAAAGACUCAGAUUGUCGUCCUCACUACAGCUUUGUAUAUCUGUACAACACGUCAGAAACAGUGGGAUUUAACUUCAGAUUUGCUCGCUAUUCCACUGAUGCUGCAGGACAGAGGCGAAGAACAUUUUACAACGUGUUUGGAAUUCAUUUUGACAUCAUGGUGUUUGGAACAGCAAGAAAAUUUUGUAUUAUUCCUACGAUUGUAAACAUAGCCUCUGCUUUGACUUUAAUGGCUGCUGGUUCUUACAUCUGUGACAUUGUGCUACUGUUCGUGAUGAAGAAGAGGAGUGUUCACACGGAGUCGAUGCUUGAGAGAAUGACAAUGAAUGACAAAGAAAUUCCAUUAAAAAUAAUGCCAGAGGGUCUGCAGAGAAAAUUCAGUUUAUGAAAACUACAAUAACAGUAAUGAGGAAAGUGGCUUACACACACACACACACACACACACACACAUAUAUAUAUAUAUAUAUAAAAGUUGAAUAAAAUUUCACUGUACUUAUUCACUCUGAGGCAUUAUAAGCUGAAGUUUAGUAAAUGUUAUUUGCAUAAUAUAUUGUAUAUAAAUACAAUCUCAUAUUCAGAUUUAUGUUUGUGUUGUGCUUUCUGAUGCUGUGUCUAAAGGACCUGUGGAAAUGUAAAGCAUAUUUAUCAAUCAGCUGGAAUUUGUAAAUGUCUUGAUUUUCAUCACCUCUGUGGAAAUAUCGCAAUUAUAAGUUUGCUCCAUGAGAUAUGAUUCUGCAAUUUUUUGCAAAUGAGGGAAUUGCUGGUUCUUAACCACUUAUUUUAGAGUAGGCUAAUGCGUAGUCUGGAUGCAUGGACUUCAGAUAGAAAUCAUAUAAUACUGAAAUGAAAUGACUCAAUACAUGUAUUGUAUUGCAUUAGUUAAACAUUAAACUGAUUC